CCGAGCCGAUGGGCAGGAAGAGCGACGGCGCGCGGUUGCAAUGCGCUGAGGCCAAACUGGCGACGGAUUGGACCUGCUGCUUCCUGGCCCUGCCACCGGCAGCACCAUCCGCUGUGGAUGGCGAUGGUGGAUUCAACCUCUCGUGGAACCUCCACCAGUCCUUCCACCCGCCGGCCGGCCUCUUCGCCAGCGUGGGCCAGCAGGUUGGGGUUGGGUUCCCAGGGCCUUCGUCCCAGUCGCCGGAGACGCCACGGGACCCAUACAUGAAGUACGUCUCGCCGGAGGUUGUUGAGACACCUCUGCCGGGGGAAGGUGUGGGGGGGUUGAGGGACAAGGGGAAGAAGAAAGUCGUGAAGCUCAAGAUUAAGGUUGGGAAUCAUCACCUCAAGAGACUGAUCAGUGGAGCAAUCGCAGGCGCAGUGUCAAGAACUGCUGUUGCACCUUUGGAGACGAUCAGGACGCAUUUGAUGGUGGGAAGUAAUGGGAAUUCGACGACGGAGGUGUUCCAGUCUAUCAUGAAGCAUGAGGGAUGGACUGGGUUGUUCCGUGGUAACGUUGUUAAUGUCAUCCGGGUAGCCCCAAGCAAGGCAAUCGAGCUUUUUGCCUUUGAUACAGCUAAUAAGUUCUUGACCCCCAAAUAUGGGGAGAAACCGAAGAUCCCAGUCCCUCCUUCACUAGUGGCUGGGGCAUUUGCCGGUGUUAGCUCAACUCUGUGUACAUACCCACUGGAAUUAAUUAAGACACGGCUAACUAUACAGAGAGGUGUGUAUGACAAUUUCCUUGAUGCAUUUGUCAAAAUCAUCCGCGACGAAGGGCCUACUGAGCUCUACCGAGGCUUAACCCCAAGCUUGAUUGGAGUGGUGCCAUAUGCUGCAACGAACUACUUCGCCUAUGACAGCCUGAAGAAGGUGUACAAGAAGAUGUUCAAGACAAAUGAGAUUGGCAGUGUUCCAACACUGUUCAUCGGGUCUGCCGCAGGAGCUAUCUCAAGCACAGCGACGUUCCCUCUUGAGGUGGCACGGAAGCACAUGCAAGUUGGAGCUGUUGGUGGCAGGAAGGUUUACAAGAACAUGCUUCAUGCCUUGUUGAGCAUUCUUGAGGAUGAAGGGGUUGGGGGCCUUUACAGAGGGUUGGGGCCAAGCUGCAUGAAGUUGGUGCCUGCUGCUGGGAUUUCGUUCAUGUGCUACGAGGCUUGCAAGAAAAUUCUGAUUGAGGAAGAGGAUGAGUGAAGUGUAUGCAGAUCAUUAGAACUCAGUUUUGUGACAUCCUGACAGC